UGAAAAAUUCGUCAAAAUUCACCGAAUUUUGGGUCUUCCAUUAACCGCCUCUCUGUAUUUGUCUGUCUAUAUUUAUUUGACUGCUUAAGUGGUUUAUUAUGUCUGACGUUGAGACAAAGAUUGAUGGAGGAGAAACUUCUGCUAACUCUCCUCAGUUUCCUCUCUCUCCUCUAGAGCAGGCUCCGCUUGAGACCGAGCAAGCUCGCCUCAAGGUAGAGGCCCAAAUCCAGCGGUUGAAGAAGGAGAUGGAGGAAGCUCAGGAGGCUAGUAGAAAUGAAGAGAGGAGAAGACAACUACGCAACGAUGUGGAGAAGGUUGUCACAAGUGGUACCUCUAGUCAGUACAGUAAGGAUACUGCUGAAUUGGUGCUCCUAACAGACACCAUCAACAGGUCCUACUUUUCUAACUGGGACCAGAGGAUACUCGCCCUCGAGACCCAAGGUUCUGCCAUAGACCACAAGGUUGACAAGCUGGCAGCAAGCCUUGAGUCCCUGACGAUGAGUGUGAACAACAUUUUGCAGCAUCUACAGCUACCUGUCCCUUCUCCCAAACCUCCUCAACCUUCUCCAGCGCCCUCUACACCAUCUCACAGUCGGCCAUCUUCACCUGCUGGUUCCCAUGUGUCCACUACCCUUGUGGCCUCUGGUACAUCUGAUCAGCGGCAGCCCAAGCUGACACCACCUCCCAUGUAUUCUGGGGAAGCCCCCAAGGUGGAUGUCUCAGAUUGGGUUACCGCCAUGCAGGCAUACCUGGGCAGGUUUGUAUGUCCACAGGUGACAAAGGUAGGGACUAUUCCGGGUCACCUGGAGAGGACUGCACUAAAAUGGUGUACAUCCUCUGCAGCGAAACAUAAUUUGCCCAUGGACAAAUGGGCACAACAGCUGAAGGUGGAGGGGUUGCUGCAGGCCCUGCGAGACCGGUUUGCAAACAGGGAACAAACCCGAAAAGCAGCAGAUAAGAUAAUGUUGUUGGGCUCACGCAGAUUUGAGGGUUCCCUGUCCAAGCUCUACAGCAUGUUUGAGAGUUUGAAAGCUACUCCCGGUCUGGAGAUGAGUGAGUCUGACCAGCUCACUCACUUCCUCCGCGCAGCGCCCCCAGACUACUCCAUUGCCUUGUACUCUCAGGGCCACAAGGACUGGGGGUCCUUUGGCAAAGCGGCCCUGGACCUGGAGUCCCGGCUCAAGGUCCAGGAACCUUCUGAAGGAAGGAGGAGACCCUCUUCCAGGGGACAGCGCAGGAAGAAGGGUGGUUUGUUGAGGGCUGACACCGGUUCUGAUUCUGAUGCAUCUCAGCGUGGCCGUGCUCCAUCUGAGACUCCAUCAGCAUCAACAGUUGAGCCAGCCGUUCUUGCCCUGGCUGAGAACCUUGCUGCAAUUUUCAAGGGAAAGACUGGGAACAACAGCAGCAGCAAGGGUUCAGCCAGCUGGAAGGGGAAAGGGAAGGGACGUGCCACUUCCCCUCAGACCCAGAGAGCUAAUUCGCCACGAGACGUCCAUUGGCCAGUUAACGUCAUAGGAGCAGGCGGCGAAGAUGAAGAAGUUGGAAGAAGAGAUGGAGAGAAGAAAAAGGUUGUCGAGGAAGAAGCAGCAGCAAAAGCAGAGGAGGAGAGAAAACGCAGAGAAGAAAAAGGGGAGAGCAAUGGCACGAAGGAGGAGGAAGCGAAAUUAGAGAAGAAGAUUAGUGAGUGGAUUGCUAAUUUAUGGUUGGGGGAAGACGAGGAGGCACAAAUGUAUGUGCCACAGGAUGAGAGGGACGCGUCAGCCAGUGCGCUAGCAAUAAUCGAGGACCCCCUGGAACGGCAAGAAGCAGAGGAGGAGAAAAAGUUGGAGUGGAAACUGAGGAUGAAGAGGGAAAAGAAGAGAAGGAGGGAGGAAGUUAAUAGGUUGACCGCGGAGGUGGCAAAGGUGAGAGACUGCAGACGAGAGGUGCAGGCGCAGGCAAACCUUUCUGCCAAAAUGGAUAAGAUGUUGGGGUACUUGGAAGUGUUGAGUGAGGCUUGGAUGGAGGAGCGCCAAGCCAACUGGGGUCACGAUGUGGCCCUGAGUGUCAUGCGGUUAGGAUUCCAGGAUUUUGCGCUCGACACAGUCACCCACGUUGGCGGCGAAGUUAGGUGGUUGAGAGAAAACGUGGGAAAGUUUUGUGAGGGUGCCAUUGAGAGUGUCAAAGCAGUAGCCGCUGUCGAGAGUGAGGCCAGGCCUCACAAAGAGCCCGUCAAGCUUAAAUUCCCAGAUGCAUACGGCGGGAAGAAGGAAGAGAAUUUUGAUAACUGGGAGGCGAGCGUCAAUAGUUACUGGAGGAGUGCACGAGCACUCAAAGGUGUCAUGGACGACUUGGUAGCCGUCCCAAACCAUGGGGUCACUGAGCCCCAGUUGGUCCAGUUAUUUUAUCGUGUCAUGCCAGAGCCCUUGAGAGGACAUUUCUUUGAUAAGUCUCAACAGACCGACAUCAUAUAUGAUGUGCUGAGUAGAGAGGUGGUCCUGUUUGAGUCGAAGUCCAUGCCAGUUUCCACUUUCUGGCAUAAGGACUUGGAUAAGGGGAAGAAGUGGAAAGGUCGUACCAUCUCUGGCCAAGUUAGGGCCAAGGAUCACAUGAUCCUUACUUUAAAGGAAGGUGGUAUAGACGAGGUCUCAUAUAGUCAGAUCGAGUGGGGCCUCGAGGAUGAGGACAAUACCGUGGGGCAGGGGAGGUCCUAUGCUGCUGUCGCGGUUGGAGGGAGACCGCAAGGUCGAGGAGGAGGCCAGGGCCAAAGAGGUCAGGCCAUGGGAGGCCGAGGACCAGGCGCACAGGGGGUUGGUGGACAAGGGAACCGCCAAGUGGGAGGUAGGGGUCAAGGUCCUCCGCCAAAUUGUCAGGGUCCUUGUCGGUCCCCGCAACGACGAGGUGGAAGGCCAUCUCAAGGAGGAUGGCACCCAGGCUUGCCACACGGCAGUUCAUCUCCUUUUCGAGCACCAGUUUUGUUUGUCCCCAAGAAGGAAGGAGAGUUGCGUAUGUGCAUAGACUAUAGGGGUUUGAAUGCCAUCACAGUGAAGAAUGUUGAACCACUGCCCAGGAUAGACGAUCUCUUAGAUCGGGUGCAGGGUUGCAAGUAUUUGUCAAAGAUAGAUUUGAAGUCCGGUUAUCAUCAGAUAGAGGUCCACCCUGAUGACCAGUACAAGACUGCGUUCCGGACUAGAUAUGGGCAUUAUGAGUUCAUAGUGAUGCCCUUUGGACUAACCAAUGCGCCAACUACAUUUCAGCGUUGCAUGAAUGCUCUGUUUAGACCUUGGUUAGAUAGAUUCGUCUUAGUUUAUUUAGACGACAUCCUAGUGUUCAGUAGGACCCUCCAAGAACAUCAGGGUCAUUUGAGGCAAGUCUUGGAGAAGCUGGGAGAAGCUAACUUCAAGAUUAACGCGAAGAAGUGCGAGUGGGUCAAGACACAUGUACUGUACUUGGGCCACGUGUUAGACGGAGAUGGCAUUAAGCCAGAGGACAGCAAGAUAGCGGCAAUUCGAGACUGGCCGACGCCCUGCACGUUGACAGAGUUGCGGUCGUUCUUAGGCCUAGCUAACUACUAUAGAAAGUUCGUAAGGAACUUCUUUACUAUCGCCGCUCCCUGGCGCAGGUUGCUUAAGAAAGAGGCAAUCUGGCAAUGGGACAAAGAUUGGACAUCUGCGCUUAAGAGGUUAAAGCGCGCGUUAAUAGAGUACCAUGUCCUCAAAGUGGAAGAUCCGUCUUUGCCAUUUGUCAUCACCACGGACGCAAGUCAAUAUGGUAUAGGCGUCGUGUUGCGGCAAGACGACGACAAUGGUUAUAGACCCGUAGAGUUUAUGUCAGCGAGGAUGCCCUCGGAGAAGGUUGUUACCUCAACAUACGAGAGGGAACUUUACGCUCUCAGGCAGGCUUUAGAGCACUGGAAGCAUUACCUGGUUGGGAGGCACUUCAAAGUGUAAUCUGACCAUGAAACUCUUAGAUGGUUAAAGACCCAGGCCAAAAUGACACCUAAAUUGACUAGGUGGGCCGUUGAGAUAGACCAGUAUGACUUUGAGUUCAAACCGGUCAAAGGCAAGUACAAUGUAGUUGCGGAUGCUCUAAGUAGGAGAUCCGACUACUUUGGAGCUAUAGUACACUAUCUAGAUAUAGGGAAGGACCUGCAAGAAAAAGUUUGACAUGCGUAUGCGCAGGACCCUAUCUAUAGUGACCUCCUCAAGAGAGUUAAGGAGGCCCCAGAGACCGAACCAGACCACCGCACUACUGAGGGACUACUGUUUGAGAAGACUAAUGUCGUAGACCGCCUGUGCAUUCCCAACAGUGAGGAGAUGCGUAGCCUAAUCCUAGGAGACUUCAGCCAAUCUGAUGCGUGCAUAUACUUGGCCAGGAAUGAAAGCUGACUGCAUAG